AAUUUUUAAAACCCUCUUCCCUCUCCUUCCUAUAAUUCCCACUCAUUAUCUUUGUUGCUUAAAGUUUCCCAUUCUUCUUCCUCUCCUCCUCUCUUAUCUCUUCUUCUUCUCUCUUCUCAUCAUCAACAUCAACAACAAAAACACAUACCAUUUUUUUCCUUCAUGUGUCCCUAAUUUUAGAGAAUAUGACAGACCCACCAUUCUUUUUUUUAAAAAAAGACUGACUAAGUCUUUUUUUUUUCUUUUUUUUUUUUACAUUUUUUUUUUUUUUGUUCUUCAUGCGAUCAUGGAAGGAGGUGAUGAACUUCACCACCAUCAUCACCAUCACCACCAGAAUCACCACCACCAACACCAGCACCAACACCAACACCGUCCUACUUUCCCAUUUCAAUUACUUGAAAAGAAAGACGACGAUGCUGCCUCUUGUUCUACUUCUCCUUACCCUUCUCUUGCUAUCUCUGCCGACACGACUACUACUACGACUACGACCACAACCACGACCAGUUCAGUUGUUGCAGCAGAGACUUCUAAGAAGCCCCCACCAAAGAGAACUUCUACCAAAGACCGUCACACGAAAGUCGAUGGACGGGGUCGUCGUAUACGAAUGCCGGCCUUAUGUGCGGCUAGGGUAUUCCAACUUACUAGAGAAUUAGGCCAUAAGUCCGACGGUGAAACCAUCGAGUGGCUUCUUCAACAAGCGGAACCCGCUGUGAUUGCUGCUACUGGAACCGGUACUAUCCCGGCUAAUUUCACAUCGCUUAACAUUUCGUUACGUAGCUCUGGUUCUAGUAUGUCGGUUCCUUCACAGCUCCGAUCUUCCUCUUAUUACAACCCGAAUUUCUCCCUUCAUCAACAACGUCGAACCCUAUUCCCGGGUUUUGGCCUCUCGUCGGAAACCUCCUCCACCGCCGCUCUUCUCAAUUUCCAGUCCACCAACAUCGGAAACUCUCUGCUGCAAGCGAAACCCGAAAUAAGAGACACUCCCUCUUCGUUAGACCUCUCAGAUGCGGCGGAGGAAAUCAGUAUAGGACGGAAGAGAAGACCGUCGACGGAGCAGGAGUUGUCGUCGUCUUCGUCGCAACAUCAAAUGGGGAGUUAUCUGUUGCAAUCGAGUACAGGGACGAUUCCAGCGAGUCACGGAGGAGCUCAGGUUCCGGCAAAUUUUUGGAUGCUUACGAAUACAAAUAACCAAGUGAUGGGGGGUGAUCCGAUAUGGACGUUUCCGUCGGUUAAUAACAGCGGCUUGUACAGAGGAACGAUGUCGAGUGGGUUACAUUUCAUGAACUUUCCGGCACCGGUGGCGUUGGUGCCAGGUCAACAAUUCGGGUCCGGCACCGGCGGAGGGAGUAAUAACAACAACAACAACAACAAUAAUAAUAGUUCGAGUGAAGGACACUUAAAUAUACUCGCCGGACUAAAUCCAUAUCGGUCAGUUUCUAGUAGCGGCGUAAUGGAACCACAAGGAAGUGGGUCGCAGUCACAUCACGGCGGCGGUGGUGGUGGAGAUGAUCGGCAUGAUACAACGAGUCACCAGUCGUAACAAAAACGGAAAAACGCAAAACUGUCGAAUUUCUUCGCCGUUCCGUCCACAUGUGUGGUCGUUUGAUGUGUGGAAACACACGUGAGGUUUGAUUUUCCAUUUUUUUUUAAAAAAAUCGAGUUUUUUUUUCUCCUUCUUUUUUUAUUUUAAUUUUCUAAUUUCUUUCUUUUUUUGGUUAAAAUUAUUUUUUUUCGUGUGAUUAAUAAAUAUUGGAGGUUUUUUUUUUCUUAAGGGUGUGAUGAAUGAGAGAGAUAGAAAAAGACUAAAAGAGAGAGAUAAAAGAGUGUAAGAGUAUGAUCUUCACAUAUUUAUGAUUUGAUUUUUUGACUGCAUCAUCAUCAUCAUCAUUAUAUUACUCUUUAACAUACUAUUAUAUAUUUGCAUGGUAAUAAAAAGAGGUUCCUACUACAUUUACCAAAUGAAACAGUAAUGUUAUGGUUAAUUAAUUAAAAAAAAAAGAGAGAGAGAGAGAGAGAGAGGAAGGAGGAGGAGGGUGGGGCCCUGAUCUUAUCAAUUCCAGGUGUUGGCUCAGGUGGGAGGGACCCACUUGCUGCUCAUUGCCUAAACCAAUGUACAAUGUCACUGACAAACAGGUGGAUCAUUCUUUC